UUUUCAUUUCACAAAAUUUCACCGCUUUUUGUUUCCUCUUCUCUUUCAAAGUUUAAUCUUCACUCAAAAGUUCCAUUAUUUUUUUACUUUCAUCCUCUGGAAAUUUUCAUUUCUUCUUCUUCGAUGUCACUCACAGAUUUAUCUGAAGAAAUUUCACCAUUUUCAGUAACCGGAAAUAAUUUACUAGACAAUUAUCAACAAACACCUUCUUCAUCAGAAAUCGAGUUUCGGUCAGAUUUACCUCUUCAGAAACUACGUCCUGUUAGAAAUAAUCAGUUUGUUACUGAAUUUACAAACGGUUCUGCAAAUUUUGACUCAAUUUCACCUGAUGUGAAAAAUGAGGAGUGGUUUUGCUCACCGGUAAAUGACUUACCGAGGAAAGACGAUGGAGGCGGUGGAGUUGGUGUCGAUGCUGUUGGUGGUGAUAGUGAAAAUCUUCGGUGGCCGCAGUCAGAGGCGUUAGCUUUGUUGAAAAUUCGGUCGGAAAUGGAUUCUCAGUUUAGGGUUUCUUCAAACCCUAAAGGCCCGCUUUGGGAAAUUGUUUCCAGAUUACAGGAUACAAUUCGAAAGACUACUCAAGAACCAAAUGUGAGUCGAAUGGAAGAAGAAGUUGGUGUGAAAACAACACACUCGGGUUCGGCUGAUACUGUAUUACAUGAAUUUGGUUCUGAUGCUGGAAAUGAAAAUGUGGAUGAUGAAUUUGGUGAAAGUUUGAGUAGGAAGAGAAAGAGAGAAAUCCGCAACGAACUUAAAGAUCACUUUGAGGAUUUGGUGAGUAAAAUGAUGAAGAAGCAAGAGGAUAUGUAUAAGGUAUUACUUGAGACGAUUGAGCAGAAGGAGAAAGAUAGGAUUACGAGAGAAGAGACUUGGAGGAAUCUUGAAAGGGAGAGGAUGAGGAAAGAGGAGGAGAGGAGGGCUCAAGAUACUCAGCGAAGUUUAGCUCUCCUUUCGUUCUUAGGGAAGUUCUUCGGACAGCCGGAAAUUAAUACUCCGGAACCCCUGCGACAGCAGGAAAUUAAUACUCCACAAUCCACGGGGCAGCAGAUAAUUAAUAUCCCGCAGUCUCCGGAAUUAUGUAGGGAAAUAGUUUUACAUGAUCAGAGUCAUCAGAAAAAACAAAAGGUUGAAGGAUCAGAAUAUAUGUUAGAUGCAAACUUCAAGAGAUGGCCUAAACAUGAAGUACUAGCCUUAAUCUCCCUUCGAACUGCAAUGGAGCAUAAAUUCCGAACUGGUGCGGCAAAAAUUCCAAUGUGGGAAGAGAUAUCUCUGGGAAUGGCUUCAAUGGGGUUUACUAAGACUGCAAAGAAGUGUAAAGAGAAAUGGGAAAAUAUCAACAAGUACUUCAAGAGAGCAGCGAGUAGUGGCAAAAAGCGAUCGGAAAAUGCAAAGACAUGCCCAUAUUUUUACGAAUUGGAUAUGCUGUACAAAAAACGUCUCAUUAAUCCUGAAAAGGCACCUGAGGCUGUCAAGGAAGAACCCCAAGAGAAAGAACCUCAAGAGAAUAAUUCUAAUGGGGAAAUGUUGACUACUUUGGCCCAAGUUUGUGAUCUAUUCUCCAUGUCAGAGCCACUGUUGGAGCCCGCGGUUGGCCAAUCAGGCUCCAUGGACUUAUCUUAAUAUACAUCCAUCUAAUAUCUCUGAUACUUCCGGAAGGUCUGGUAUCAGGUUGUGUACCAUGCAGUUGGGAGAGCAUAUCUUCACGGGCCCUUCGUUUGUUAUUCAAGAUUUAGCCUCUACUCUGGAAUAGUUAGGAUUCAGCCAUUCCAACACCUCGUCCUUCUCUUAUCUGGAAGUGAUGUUAUAUGAACUCUGUAUUAGAGUUUGAAAUUUUUGCAGAAUUCAGCUGGAUAGAUGAAGACCAGAUGAAAGAUCAAGAAGUCUGGGUUCCUUGUAAUACUAUAUAUACCUUUUUUCAUGAAAAGCUUUAAAUUUUGACUGUAUUUCAUCGGCGAUCUUAUGUUACUUUGCGGAUUUGUAAGUCCUACUAGGCCUUCUUCUGUAACUGUAUGGUUUUAAAACAGGUCCGGGUUCAAACUCCCGCGACUUUUUAAGUUGCAAGAGGGGGGAACUUCAUACUGUGUCUCCCAUGAGUUGUGAUUUUUUUUUUUUUGAAGCAUAUUGUGAUUUUUUGUUUGUUACUUUUAAACCUAUCAUGUUAAAUCGUAGUGGAAAUAUAUUAUGGGAUGUCGUGUCUUUUGA